AUGCAUCCUUUCCGCCCUCCUUUUGGUGUCCCCGCUAGACCCGCAAACCCGAACACAACCCAACCGCAAACGCCAUUCAACCUUCAAGACAUGGACCCUAGCUUUUUAACUUACGCGGCUUUCUUAAGUGGCGCCCCUCCGUUUGUUCCUCCAACUUUCGGCUAUGGUCAAGCCGGCGGGUCUCAACCGUCACAACCCGAAGCCGAACCCGAUGUGGAAGUCGUACCGGAGACGCAACCCGAACCGGUGCAAGAAACAUCGAAACGCGGCAAAAGGUCGCAUAAGAAAAAGGAUAAGGACGCACCGAGGCGUACAAAAAAUAUAAUCAAGUGGACGAAGGAAGAGGAAUACACGUUGACUCGGGCGUAUGUCGACAUUUCGGAGGACGAAGAGACGGCAAACUUUCAAACGGGUCCGGUUUUUUGGGAUAGGGUUCGUGCACUCUUCUUUAGCACGUGGGGUCAAGGCGAACAUCGGGACAAAGACUCGAUUUCUAGCAAAUGGACCGACAUAAACAACAAGUGUCAUUCAUUUCAAGAAGUCUUCCAACGUAACUACGAUAAUCGCCCGAGUGGUGAAGGUGACGUGGGGGUUUUAACGAAGAGUUUGGAGGAGUUCGAAAGGACAAAAGGCCCUUUCGCCUACUACAAGUGUUGGGAGCUACUUCGAAAAAGUCCAAAGUGGGCGGUAGUUAACCCAAUGACGUCUAGUAGUAGACGUCGGGCUAAAAGGUCAAAAACAUCAUCCUCCGUUGACCCGUCAACUCCGACAUCGGAUGCCCGCAAUGUUGAUUUAAACGAGGCGGUGGACGAGGGCAUUCAAGAAGAGUUGGCCCGACCCGCCGGUAGAAGAAAGGGAGCCGGGAAAAAAACGCUCGAGUCGUCUUCCGAUCUCGAGUUAAAGGAUGAUUUCGAGGAGAUGAACCGUCGUCUCCAAGACAUUCGAGAUCUCGGCCACCAACGUUAUGAAAUUAUGAAGGAACGAAUGGCCGAAACAAAAAAAUUUAACGAGAUGCAAGAGGCGAGGCAAAUGGAGAAGGACAUCGACCGCCCACCCACCAACACCACGUUAAGAUUUCAACAAGUUGCCGAUAUUGAAUAA